AUGAGCUGUCUGGAAGAUCCAGAUAUUUCGAUCCGGCUGCAAGCCCUUGAGCUUGCAGCACGAAUGAUCAGUAGUGAUACUCUACAACAAAUGGUGAAUCGACUUACUGGUCAGCUCAUUGAUGCACGCCAGAUCAAGGGCGGUCAUACAGAUGUUCGAAAAAGUAUGCAUAGCGGAUGGGAGGACACAGGGUUGCAGGAGCAGGAAUCACACAGUGUAUCGUUUGCUUUACCGGCUGAUUACAUUGUUGAAGUCCUCCAUCGGAUCUUGGACAUGUGCUCGCAUAACAAUUACUCAGACCUGCCCGACUUCGUGUGGUAUGUGGAAAUCCUAGGGCAAUUAGUGACGUUGAUACCUCCAGCCAGCGAAGGGCCCUUUUCCGAAUUUAUGACACACCAGGAUGUUACAAGUGUCACCAGGAAAAACAUCGCCCUCCGGAUCGGAUCUGAAAUACGCAAUGUUGCUGUUCGAGUUAUGGAUGUUCGCAGGGAAGCCACUAUAGCUGCCGAAUCCCUGCUCCUAACUGACAAGAGACAAUCCCUAUUUUUCGUGUUAUCCGAUGCAGUCGAUGGCAUUCUGGGACCUCUCGCUUGGGUAGUCGGUGAAUAUGCGACGCACCUCUCGUCCCCUAUACAGACUUUACAGUCAUUGGUAGAUAUGUCAAGUAUAUCAUUGCCAGCAAGGACUCUUUCUCUAUACAUACAAGCUAUUCCUAAAGUUAUCGUCAGCCUCAUACAGAAUGACAGUGAAACUUGGCAUGCGAAGCGGCUAUAUGAAACGUCUCUCUUACUUGCUCAAGUGCAGGUAUUUCUCGAAACUCUAUCUACUCAUCCAGAUUUAGAUGUGCAAGAGAGGGCCAUCGAAUUUCUGGAGGUCGUGCGUUUAGCAACAGAUGCAAUCCAACCAGGCAACUGCGAACUGGGCGAUGAACCCUUUUUAUUGUCUUCCAUUAUUCCGAGCUUGUUUCGUGGCCUUGAACUAAACCCGGUGGCAACUAAUGCCCAGAGGAAGGUUCCAUUGCCGGACCGCCUUUUACUAAAUCAAACAUUUAACAACAAUCUUUACGGACUAUUCCGCAACAGACCAGAGGAGUGUUUUAGGCUUGGCACCCAACUACCCACUCAGGAUUUCUACUAUAUUAAUAGUCCGUCGGUACUUAGCAGACCAUUUGAUCGAUUCACAUCAUCUGAUACGACUUUCGACUCUUAUCAGGACUCCUUUGCCAGUCUUGUGGAUGAAGGGACUGAUGUGAUAAAGCGAAACGUGGAGCGCAGAGAAAGAAAUCAAGAUGACCCAUUUUACAUUGGCGCUGAUGAUAGAUCACCUAGUACUCCCAACCACUUUUACCAACCGUUCAACAGGUCACAUGGUGAUGAGCUUGAUAUUGACUCUAUUCCUAUAAUUGAUCUCAAACUAGAUGAUGGGAGAAUCCAUCACACAGGUUCCAUUUCUCGUGAUCAUCGAAGGCCGCUUGGGUCACACCCUAAGAAACAUCAUAUUGCCUCUGAUGAGACAAUUGGACGUGAUGAUUUAUCGGAUGCAGGGAGUUUUGACGAAUUAAAUAUGGUCAAGCGGUCUCCCCUCCAGGUUGACUCCAGUGGUCUUAAACACCUUUCAUUGGAGGGAGAAGGCGUGUACCCAAGCAACCGAAAAACCCCUGGACUGCCUGGGCAUGAUGCUGAAAUGGCUGUAGCAAUGCAGAAGGUUGAGAGGUUGCGUUUAGAGAUGCAAAGGGCUUCUGAGCGAGUUCGUGCACAUGAGCACCCAGCUGAGGGAACAUUGGUAAAGAAGAAAAGGAAAGUGAAAAAGUCUAGGGUUAGUGGGCUUCAUAGGGGUGUUGAUCCAUUAUACCGUGAAGAUAUCGUGGAAGGCGAUUGUGCCAACCAAAAAGCGCCUGCAGCAAUGACUAAGAAAAAAAGGCUGAGGAAGCGGUCGACAUCGGUACAGCCCGAGCGUUAG